AUCAAAACCCAUCUUUUCAAUGAUGUUAUUUGGCCCAACCUCUCCGAUGAAGAUGGAGGAGCCGGGCUCGUCACCUAUCAGCGACUGAUUGAAGGUGGCAAUCCCCGCAUGGGUCGUGGGCAUGAGUUGGGCUACUAUCGGGCCUGCAAUGGGUUGCUCGUAAAAUGUCUCGGCAUUAGCCAUGGGAAGUGUAUGAAGCGGCACCCGCCGGAAUCCACAAAUCCUAGCCAGUCUAAUUGUGUGAAUUAUUCGCCUGUUCCCGGUGAGAUGGGAGACGCAGGGACGUUGUCUGGGAUGUCCCCAUCAUUCAGCACGGAAACCCACACGACGAUCGACAGCUCCGCAUUCUUCAUCCGCGACCAUGCCACAGGCCGGGAGAUUCUGAUCUUUGGUGACGUCGAGCCUGAUUCACUAUCGCUCAACCCGCGCAACAAGCAUGUGUGGUACACGGCCGCGCCCAAAAUUGUGAACUCUGAUUUACGCGCAAUCUUCAUCGAGUGUUCCUACAACGAUGGCACGGAGGACUGCGUGCUGUACGGGCACCUCUGUCCACGGCACUUGAUCAAGGAACUGCUAGUGUUAGCGCACCGGGUCUUCGCACUCCGGAAUCCAGAACAGAUCCCCGGAGACAAACGUAAACGACCAAGCACGCCCGACGUGGCGGGAUCUCAGGCGGUUGGCAAGCGAGCGAAGAGUGACGCACAGUAUAGUCUGCAAGGUCAUUCGGCAAACCCAGUAACUCGCACAAGAAGUUCAAGCAGACGUCCGUCGAGUGGGAUGGGUCUGGACAGCCUCGAAAUCAGCAGCAAUGAUCCAUCGACGGACAACUUGACAGAUGUUCCCUGGCAGUCAGAAGACCCACCCCUCUCUGGUUUGCACGUAUGGAUCAUGCACAUCAAAGAUGAUAUGACGGAUGGACCGCCCCCGGGAGACCGAAUCUUGCGAGAGCUCCGCGAACAGGCGAACCAGGUCAGCCUGGGAUGCAGUUUUCGAAUCCCUGACCGUGGAGAAAAUAUUUGGAUAUAGGUGGCCCGUGUGCGCUGCCUCUACGGACAUGACAUGCCUUACAUACUUAACGCAUGAUUUGAUGGCUGAUCCGGGCCCGAUUUUGUUACCGACAAAACUCAAUAGCCCUUCUCCUCUUACACACCACAUCAUUCCAAGAUUCCCUAACGACACUCCCACUCUUACCGCAUUGCAUACGUGUAUCACCACAGAGGGAGAGGGAGAUUUCACUCAACUAUAC